AACUAGUUGCUUGCUGGUAGGGUACUGCUUCUAUAAUCGAGGAGACCGAGAGAAAAAAUAAAUAAAGAUAAAGCAAGGGAAUAAAGCUCCGACCAAAGUUGAUAUCUAUCAUUGGAAUACAUCUCGACCGGAGAAAAUGACGACUGAAAGAGCGGAUCUCGUGUCACGAGUCCUUCCCCAGAUAACGUUGGGAACAGGAGCUCCCGGCGAUUUGACCGCCCCGCCCUCGCCUUUACCCCCGUCCAUGACCCCGGCCGAGCGCGCCCGUGAGCGGUUCAGGCUCGGCGGCAACGUCAUCGUGACGGGCGGCGCGGGGGAUCUCGGAUUCGCUGCGAGCCGAGGCCUUUUAGAGCACGGGGUGCAAGGUCUUGCCAUCUUCGACGUAGAUCCCAUUUUGGCCGAGGCCAAAGUCUCCGUGCUCGAGAGCGAGUUUCCGGACGCCAAGAUCCGCUUCUUCAAGGUUGAUAUCACGGACGAGGAGGCUGUCGAUACCGCCGUGGCGCAGACGGUGUCAACUCUCGGACCAGUGACGACGCUGUUGAAUUUUGCAGGCAUAGUCGACUGCGGCCAUGCGUUGGAUUGGCGGUCCAAGGAUUGGAAUCGCGUGUUGAAUGUGAAUACCGUCGGAGGGUUCUUCGUCGCACGCGCUGUGGCAAGACACAUGAUCCUACAUAAGACGGGAGGCAGCAUAAUUUUCGUCGCCAGCGUCUCGGCGCACCAGGUUAACUAUCCCCAGCCACAGGUGUCGUAUAACGUCUCUAAGGCAGGAGUUAGGGCUAUGGCUCGGUCUCUGGCUGGAGAGUGGGCACGAUACGGCAUUCGGGUAAAUAGUAUUUCUCCUGGAUACAUGGAUACCAUUUUAAACGAAGGCGAUGGACUCGACGAGGCGAGAAGGAUUUGGCUAAGUCGUCAUCCUAUGGGCCGCAUGGGACAACCGGAUGAGCUGUGUGGUGUUGUCGUCAUGCUUGCGAGCCGAGCAGGUAGUUAUUUCAACGGUACCGAUCUUCUAGUAGAUGGGGGGCAAACCUUGUUCAUGUGAGAGAUCUGGAAAGACAGUAUAUUCCUGUGCAAAUAGAA